AUGGACCCGCCUACAAAUUUUUGUCCGAGUCCUAACUAUGAAACAUCAAUUGGUUCUUUUCGAAAAUGUGAAUUCUGCAACCAUUUAACAGAAUCGACCGCCGAAUAUGAUGGUCAACGAAUAUGUGAAUUAUGCUCUUCUUCAAAAUUUCCCGAGAGAACAUUCACAUUCAAGCAAUCUGACGCAAAAUUCAAAUGUCCUGCUCCCCUAUCGCGUCUUGAGGAUAGUGGCGCCAAGGAAUUAUCUUACCGUGACUACUGGAUUGGAUCUUGCUGUGAAAAUGCUUUGGAAAGGACUCAUAACACAAGAAACUAUGACUGCUUUUCGGUUGUCAACAGAUAUUUCUAUGAGUCAAAAAUGGAGGAAGAUUCUGCUAAAUCCAAAGUAACAGAAGCUGAAAAAAAAUUGGUCGAGGCCAAAAAACAAGUCGAAUUAGCAGAAAAAAAUGUGCAGGCGGCGAGUGAAGAACUCAACACGAAGAAAAUAUGGCGUAAGAAAGUUCAAAAACGGGCUUACAUACUCGCCAUGGUGGCAUUGAAAGAUGAUGACAGUGAUUUAGGUACUCCAGAAGAAGAGAACAAACCGAUGGAAGACAACGAAAAGCUUAAAUGCAAGGUCUGCUUCGAAUUAUACGACGAUGACCACCUUCAAGCAGCAGUUUCUCCAUGUGGCCAUAAGGCUUGCUUCCAGUGCCUUUCCUCUCUUCCUCAGAAAACCUGCCCGACCUGCCGAGCCGAUUUCACUGCUGACCAAAUCCUCAAGCUCUUCGAUUAA